AUGACAACGUCAUCAUCUAGAUCGGAGAGUGCCAACCCUCCCAAGCUGGACAACGAUAGCUUCGUCGCUUUCGACCAUGCCGCCGCCGGACACUUCGCAAUGCAAUCCGCAUGCGAUCCGAUUCUUUCGCAGUCUACUGUUCUUGAGAAUCAAUCUGCCACUGUUACAAAUACUGACGUGAAUUUUCCUAGCGACGGCGUUCGCUGCACGCCCUCCGGCUUCCUGAUUGCGAAGCCUUGUACCCCCGAAGAAGUCGCUUUCUACGAAUCCAGCGCCCUCCAUCCCACUUUCCGGGAUUUCAUGCCCACCUUCAUGGGCACCCUGUCAUCGACUGACCAGCAGCAUCCGCUCGCCCUCGCCGCCUCCCAACAAGGUGGCGCUGUUAUGCUGCCUGGAUCGGAUUCCUCGUCGACGACAAACACCCCUGCGACCACCGAGCCGUCAACCGCCCCCUCCGCGACUCCCUCGCACGCGGCGUCAGAUCCCACAGAACAGGGAAACUCUUGGGUACCGUCUGGAGGGAAAAAACUGGACACUGGCCUCUCGAUCGUGCUGGAGAAUGUGGCGUCCGGGUUCGUUCGUCCGAAUGUUUUGGACGUGAAGCUCGGCGCGCGAUUGUGGGCGGACGAUGCGCCUCCUGCGAAGCGCACUAAACUCGACGCGGUGUCCAAGGAGACAACGAGCUCUAGUCUUGGGUUCCGGAUCGCCGGGAUGAAGGUGUGGACUGGUGUGAAUGGGGAGACUGAUGCGGGGAGCAAGACGGAUCCGUAUGACGUGCGCCACGAGGGGUCCGAGGGUGCCAAGGGUGAGAUUAUUGAGAAGGAUGGCUAUAAACGCUACGAUAAGUGGUACGGGCGAUCGUUCAGCCAGGAAAACGUGAAGGAAGGUUUCGAGUCGUUCCUCGCCGGGGCGAAGGCUGGACCUAUCGAUCGUUCUAAAUUCCUGGCCAAGCGGUUGGCUGACGAGCUGAGGCGCGUGCAGCAGGUCAUCGAGGCCGAGGAAAGCCGCAUGUACUCGUCGAGUGUUCUGAUUGUCUACGAGGGAGAUCCUACCGCGAUGGAAAAUGCGCUGGAAGAAGAGAAGAAAGCCCAGGAGCGGGCACCCGAGGAAUCCGAAUCUGAAGAUGAGGAGUUCGAACUCGAACUCCAGGAAGAUGAGUCUUACCAGGUUGUAGACCUACCGACUGGUCCAGGCGGUGCACCGCAGCAGGUCAAUGCUAUUAACAUCAGCAUUGAUCCAGAAACCGCUCAGCUAGGCGAUCUCGGGGAGGAUGAGGACGAGGAAGACCCUCCCAAGGUGCAUGACCUGCGCCUGAUUGACUUUGCGCAUGCCAGCUGGACCCCUGGCCAGGGACCAGACGAGAACGUACUCAAGGGAAUCCGGAAUUUGAUAAAGGGGUUCAAUGGUUUGCUCCUGACGGGCGGUGAAAGCCGAGUUUACCGUCUGUAUUAUGCACUCCACUGCAUGGGACAAUCGAAUGCUCCGAUAUCGUCAGUCGACUGCCGGACCACCCCGGUUGCUGGCACCGAGGCGUCCGGGCCGAAAUCGCAGGAUAUCUCCCUGCACAUGACGCACAGCCAGAUUGCUACCUGCAUGGAGCGCUUGUCGAGCGACAUGGGCCCCGCGCGGACAGACUGCAGAGUAUGCAUCGAGUCCGCGAUUAAGAGCACGGAGGCUUUUGACGGCAUCGAAGGCCGACCGAUUAUAACCAAUAUAUUUGGAACGGCGCAUGCGCAGUUUGGUAACAUACUAGUCUUAUCAGCCACAUACAUAUCCCACUUGUCCGAGCUGAUUGACCGAAAUGAUCUCGAGCGCCUUCUGCGGCGGACGAUCAAUUUCCUGCUACAGAAUGGCUAUAUAUCCCCCGCUCUGCGGGCCGACGCGGAAAUCCUGACCCAGAUCUACACGAGGUUCUUCGAGGAGCCCGCAGGGAGCUUCACAUCGCAUUUUGAUUAA